AAAAAAACAGUCUCUUGCGGUAAUGGCUGGUUGCUAAAGCAGAUUUCUAUGGCUAAAGCUAGAGGUACUAUGCCCAGGUUCCUCUUCGCAUAACUGUACUACUAAAAAUGACAGCCUGAUGCAAGCUUACUCCUCUCCUGCCCUUGAAAGGAUCACUACACACAUGGGUGUCUUGGACUAUUUAAUGUCAGUUUACAAAUUGUGAAAGAAAUUGCCAUGCGCAUUAGUUUCUGCCAGGGCUUGUUAACCGCAGCCAUCAUCCUGAACCUCCUCGUUCUCUACUAUGUGUCACGAGCUCAGCAGCAGAUGUUGGAAAAGAGAAAGGAACUAGGCCGAGGCACCAAGAAGGCAUCUUUGCAAGGAUCAAGUCUUGGGAGUGACCUGGGCAUAUUGGCUGGGCAUGCAGGUGCAUUGGACAAUCAUGGUCGAAGCCCUCGAGUAACAACACUUCUUAGAGAGUUUGAAAACUUUGAAAAUUAUGUUACAGAUGUGGCUAAUUCCUUUCUUCGACAAAGACCUGAACUGCCUUUCAUUGUGGUUGCGGACACUUCUCCUUACCCUCCGCUUGUGCUUCCAGAGGGCACUCGGCUUCUCCUGCUCUCUCCAAGUCCAGAUCAGCCUCCACAGGCUCACAGGCCGGAGUUCCACAUCCAGACAGAGUUUGUCUUCCUGAUUCCUGAUGGUGUUGAGUUGGAGCAGCCUCGAGUGAUAGAAAGACUGAUCCGGGAGUUAGAAGGAGAAGGCGGGGGCCCUGUGAGGCUAGUGGCUGCCCCUGUUUUGACCCGGUCAGCAGUGCAGUGUCUCCAUCUGAGAGUGAACCUCAGAGAGUGGACAGCCACGUACUCUCCAGCCGCUUCUGGGAGCAGUGGAAGUGUCUGCACAGCUUUACAAGGUGAUGCUGUAGUCCUAAUGCGCACAGAAGACCUCUUUAACCUUUCCGUGCCACUUGGGCAGCCUCUUUUCUCUGCUCUUUUUAUUCAGACUGCUCUCAGAGGGUGGAAGGUGAAGCUGCUGGAGAGUCCUUGCUUCUCAGCCAGCCAUAGACCUCUGUUCAGUUCUGCUCAUAAUCAGUGGAAGGCCGACACUCGAUUGAAGGAGGCCACCGGGAGACUUAUGAAGAGUUUCGGGUUAAAACGUCUUCUUCUACCUGAAGGAAAGGAGCAGUGGUUUGGAUGCAGUAAAGAAACACCACGAUGUUUUGGCACAGUACAGGAGAACACACCAGAGUAUUUAUACCUUGAUCGCUGGACACCGCCAUGCUGCCUGAAAGCGCUACGAGAAACCACAAAGUAUGUAAUUAAUAUUCUGGAGAGCUCAGGUGUGCGGUACUGGCUAGAAGGAGGGACCCUUUUAGGUGCUGUUCGACAUCAAGACAUCAUUCCGUGGGAUUAUGAUGUGGACCUUGGAAUUUACCUAGAAGAUGUACCUAACUGUGAUCAUCUAAAAAAUCUAGAUGCUGGCUCUUUGGUAGAUGCAAAUGGUUAUGUCUGGGAGAGAGCAGUGGAGGGAGAUUUUUACAGAGUUCAGUACAGUGAGGCCAAUCACCUCCAUGUUGACCUGUGGCCAUUUUACCCUCGUAAUGGUGUUAUGACAAAGGAUACAUGGACAGAUCACAAGCAAGAUGUGGAGUUUCCAGAACACUUCCUGCAACCACUAGUGCCAAUAUCUUUUGCUGGUAUCACUGCCUAUGGACCCAACAACCACCGAGCAUUUUUAGAGUUGAAGUUUGGCGAAGGUGUGAUUGAGAACCCACAGUAUCCUAAUCCAGCCAAAAAAAGACUGGAUAAAAGUAAAUUAUGAAACAAAUUUUGUCAAUAGAUGAAUAUGACACAUAAGUGUGGGGUGUUUUAUGUUUAUAAGGGACUUGGACAUUAAGGACAAAAGGUUAUUUUUAGAAUAAGAUACUGGGAGUGCUCACCCAGAUCACAGAUAAGUUACACUGAAAAACAGGUGCUCAACAAGUUCCUUAGAGGGCAGAUACUGUAAAAGGAUGAAAAAGAACCAAGCCCAGAUGAAGAUGCUGUGAAUAUAAAGCAUAAAGACAGUGCCUCGGACCUUUUGCAUAAAAAGUUAUUUAUUCUACAUUAGGUUUUGAACAGUUGUUUUGUUUAGGUUUGCCAUGUGCAAUAUGCCUAUGACUGAAAAUAAUUUCAAGCUGUAUCCCUGUAUUGUGAGCGAUCAUAAAAGAUGUAUACAUUUUAUGUGCCAUGGUAAUGCUCAUCUGUAAAAUGUUGAUCAAUCUUCAUGAAAUGAAUCACAGUGGUGCACAUAGUUCAUGCCCCAAAACCUCAAACUGUAUCAGUCUAUAGUGCACUAUAAUGUUUAACUUAUUUAAAUAAAGCAUUGUGCCAUGUUUUAAAAUUC